AUGGUCGUUAUCUCUGAAGAAUCUUCAUCUUCUUCAAGCCGUGAUCAAUAUAGAUAUGACGUAUUUUUAAGUUUUAGAGGUCUUGACACUCGUCAUAAUUUCACAGAUCACCUCUACAAGACCUUGAUCGAAACUAAUCUCACAACUUUCUUGGACGAUGAAGAGAUCGAAACCGGAGAAGWUCUGAAACCGGAAUUGGAGAGUGYGAUCAAAACAUCCAGGGCUUCUGUUAUCGUGUUGUCUCAGAAUUAUGCUUCUUCAACAUGGUGUCUUGACGAACUAAUAUUGAUCCUCGAACAAUGUAGGACCUCCAACCAUAUUGUCAUCCCGAUCUUCUAUCAUGUCGAGCCCACCGAUGUCAAGAAGCAACAAUCCAACUUCGGAGAUGCAAUGGCGAAGCAUAAACAGAAGAUGGAGACAGAGACAAAUGAAGAGAGAAUAAAUAUUUGGUCUAAAAAAAAUCGAUGGAUCUUAUAA